UCGGCGUGGAUCUCGUUAGAACCUCACAUCUCGCGAUAGGUGGCUCAUAUCACGCUCUGGUCCGUCCAGCGAGCGAAGGGACAGAUGUGGUUGUUUUUGCGGCAAAGAUGUCUCAAAAAUCAACCAGUCCACCUUCAUCGCUUAUGGCUCACCUUCAUUCAGAGUCACAUAAACAGAGCAUCCUGAACAAAUUCAACAAGCUCAGGAAAAGUGACCUGCUGUGUGACAUUACUCUUGUCGUGGAGGAUGUGCAGUUCAAGGCCCACAAAGCCCUGCUGGCAGCAAGCAGUGAGUACUUCUCCGUCAUGUUCACAGCAGAAGAUCAGAUCCAUCGGUCCACCCACCGGCUGGACGGUAUGGCACCAAACAUGUUUGCAGCAGUGCUGGAGUUCAUCUACAGCGCCCAGGUGUCUGUGGAGGAGAGCGCCACAGAGCAGCUCCUGGCCACAGCUCAUCGAAUGGAAGUCGGUGACCUUGUCAAAGUGCUCACUGACCUAACUCGCUCUGCAGCAGGGGUCAAAUGCAAUGAUGCUCAAGCAAACAAAGCUGAAGAUGCAGAGCUGGUGAAGCGCAAAAGAGGGCGGCCGAGGAAAGAUGUAGGUGCACCUGUGACAGAGCUGGUGGGGAGAAGAGAACCAUGUGAGAGUUCAGAGGACCGACAGGCAGAAGAUAAUCCAAAAACUGAGUCUCAGCCUAGAAAUGAGGACCCCGAAGAACACCAAAGCCGGCAGAGCAAACGCAAAAUCAACCCACCGGUAAAAUAUAAGGGCUACAAAGUGGGCAAUAACACAGCAGGACACAAGGAGCCUGGGAAGAGGGGCAGGAAAAGGAAAUACCCUGACACUGAGGCACGAUGUGAGGACUGUGGAAAAGUCUUCAAAAGCCACCUGUUUUUAAAGAUUCACCAGCGCACUCAUACAGGUGAGAAGCCUUUCCACUGCAUGGUGUGCGGGAAGAGUUUUACCCAGAAGCACACUCUGCUGGCUCACCAGCGCAUGCACACUGGAGAAAAGCCAUUUGUUUGUACCGUCUGCUCCAAAGCGCUUUCCACCAAACACUCCCUGCAAGAGCACAUGAACCUCCAUGAAGAAGAGAAAUCCUUUGACUGUGAUAAAUGUGGAAAGACCUUCACUCAGAAAAGGCAACUUAAAAGCCAUUACAGAGUUCACACAGGGAAAUCAUUGCCAGAAUGUGCUCAGUGUCAUCACAAGUUUAUGGAUGCAGCUCAACUGAAAAAGCACGUGAGAACUCAUACAGGUGAGAAGCCUUUCACUUGUGAAAUCUGUGGAAAAUGUUUCACAGCCAAGAGCACACUGCAGACUCACAUCAGAAUCCACAGAGGUGAGAAGCCUUAUAACUGCAGCAUCUGCAAGAAGUCCUUUUCAGACCCCAGUGCAAGACGACGACAUGUUGCCUCCCACUCGGGGAAGAAACCCUUCACCUGCUCUUUCUGCAGCCUUUCUUUUACACGCCUGGACAAUCUGAAAACACACACCAAAUCCCACAACAAGGAGAGAGCUGCGGGUGGAGAGGCCUCAUCGGAUACUGCAGCAAAAGAUGGCUCUGGAGCCCCGCAGGAAGAGGUGCAAAAUAUCCUUCACCUGCAGCAGUACCAGCUGCCUGCCACCUCUGAACAAGAGCUCCAGGUGGUGGUGACAGAGGAUGUGGACCACAUUAACUUUAUCCCGGGUCAGGACCACGAGAUCAGCCUCAUCAGCACAGAGGGAGAGAUGGCUCAGUCAGCCCCCUCUAAACUCACCCUCCUCGCCCGGCCAUCAGGGCACGUGCACAAUGUGGCGUUGGUCACUCAGGGUGAUGUGGUGGAUCAGACCUCUCAGAUCCACACUAUAAGUAUGCUGCAGGGUCAGAUGAUGCACCAGGCUGAGCAGAUGCAUGUUAUCACUUUGAGUAAAGAGGCUAUGGAGCAGCUGCAGGCCCAUCACGGUCCUGCGCAGCCCUUUCAAAUAACACAGCGUCCCAUUCAACAGCUGCAGGUGAUGCGUCAGCCAAUCCAGCAGCUGCCUGUUGUUCAGGAGCCCUUGGAGGGGCAGGUGAGCAGGGAACAACAACAAGGCCGGGCUAUUCACGUCAGCAGCCAGAGCAGCCAACCAAUCUCCAUCAGUCAGACUAGCGAGCAGAUCUCCAACCAUCACAUCCAAGGACAGACAUUUCAGAUCCAAUCAGGAACUGUGUCCUACCUGUACACCACCGGACUGCCACAGGAGAGCUGAGAGUGAUCUGGACCACCGGGAACUUAAAUCUGAUGGUGCUACUGUGGAGAUCAACUAUAUACAGACAAAACUGACCAUAGUCAAAGGUAGCAGUAUUAAAAGAUGAAGUUUGCAGAUCCUUGUUCUUUGCCAUAUUGCUUAAAAACUGUGGCAUGAUUAAUAAUGUGGAACAUCUGUCUUAACUCAUUCACUGCCAUUGACGUCUAUAGCCGUCAAUUGCAGUGCAUGAGUCAAUGGGUUUAACUCAUUCACUGCCAAUGGCUGGCAGUGAAUGAGUUAAGUAUAGUUUUCCUUUAAUUGGGCUCACCUGGUUAACUAAUUACGACAGGUGUCUGAGAUUGAUAUGAGUGAUCCAAAGAGCCCCCAGACACAAAGGUGUUGAACCAAAAACCUUCUGGUUAUUGCUUUGGUUGCAAGCAGAUUGCCAUGGUUACCUGGAGUUUUUCAUGUCUGAUGGCAAAUACUUGCCAGCUACUGGCCAACUGAUAGUACAUCAUGAUAAAGUCGGACACAAACCAGAAAAGGAGAAGGUUCGACUUCAAAGUAGAAGUUUGCUUCAGUGCUGCAGCAAUCAUGUGUCAAAGGGCGCCACUUUUACUGGCAUGUGUCUGUAGACAAAUCUGUCACUUCCAUUCGAAUGCAGCACUAUCUUACUCGCCAAAAGCAGUCACAAAGAGCCUUUUAUCAUCCAGCUGGGGAAUACAGCGACAGUUGAUCCUACAUCAUCAGCAUCACUGUCAAACACCCAAAAUGAUGCUGAAGUUAAUGACAUGUUGUUAGUGGCCAUGUGUGAAAACCCUUGAGGCCUUUGAGGACAUCAGCUGGAUGCAGCACUUAGAUCUCAGUCCAUGACACGAAAGGCAGGAAUAUCAGGAGCCAUAAUGGAGGAACUCCCAAACAAACAAAUGUGAUAUUUUUCAGUUUCCAGGUUUGAAAAGUGAAAAGUGUCUUAAACCUGAAUUUGUAUUUAUUGGUAUUUAAUCAUUUUAUUAAUUACUGUAAAAUUGGUGAUAAUAAAGCGGGUAGCUUUUGCAGGUAUGGCUGGUUCCAAGAUCCUCACUUCCAAAACGCUCAAUUCGAGUCUUUAAAAGGUUUGUUCACAAUCAAAUGGUUGAUAUAAACAUGGCUAUCUCCACCUUUUAUGUACAGUCUGAACAGAAGACAGUUACUAUGCAACAGAUGCUAAACAGUUAUUAUUUUAAUGAUUUUUUUAGCGCUUAUGACAAAACAGGUUUUGUUUUUGCCCACUUAAAAACGUCAUCAUUUGGUUUUAUUUCAUAAGAUGUGACCAAACUCAUUCUACAACUGAAAAAUGAACUUUGAGAUGAUUCCUUUGAUAAAUUUGCAAUAAGCUCAAAUUGGUAUAUAUCUAAUAUGAGUAUUAGAAACCUUAAGUAGACACGAUGUAAUGCUAUUAAUUGACAAAAGUUAAGUACGGAUAAAAAUAAAGGCAAAUUAUAGAAAUAUCCAGAAAGUAAAAUAUCAGUGAUAAGGGUUUUGUUAAGAGCUUUGAAAGUAUUUAUUUUGAAUAUUUAAAAAGUUACUGAAAUAUGGAGAGGGGCAACAUCAAGAUGCUGUGCUGUAGGUUAAAGGGAAGACAUGCAUGUCACAGCUUUGGGAAUGGAAUAGAUAACAUUCAGUUCACACAGAGCUAUAAAACACUACAGGCAAGCCUACAGCAAGCUAAUCUGCUAAUCAAGUUUGUGUGUGUGACUGAUUGCUGCACCUCACAGAUCUGGGAACAAAGCCUCGGCUAUCGGGAGGCGCAGGCGACACAGAUCCUGAAAGAGAAACAAAGGCGGAUUCAAGCUGAACAUCUAAGAGAUAAAACUGGGCACCCUGCUAUACCCGUCUGACGAAACAGAUCCAGAUUGUCUUUAAUGUGAAGAGGCAGUCCCUGCUGCUCAGAAUUUCACACUUAAAGACACCUGCUAAAGUAUUUAUACCUACACUCUAUAUCCAUACUGGUACUCAGGUUGUUGCACUCAACUUAUCGUCUUAUUUUAUUACUUGUUAUUCUGUUUGUUAAAAAACAAAACAAAAGACCAACAACUAUUAUUUAUUACUUUAAAAAAAAUCUGUUUCUUCAUUAUUAUUAUUAUUUUUUUCACUCCAGGACCGUGUGUGCAUAAUUUCUUUCCACCUCAUGUUAACUUGUGAUGCGAAUGACAAUAAAGCUCCUUGAAUCUUUGAAGAUGGGUGACCACAAAAGCAUUCACACAUUCUUGACCUUGAAACCAGCAAUGUACUGUCUCGCUUUACGUUCACCAUUUAGUAGUUGUCCUAUUAUUAUGUAGACGUAAUCUUCAUUAGUUGGGACACCAGUGAAUUCAAUAUGCUUUAAAACUCCAAAAUGUACCGUGCUGUAAAAAAGUAUCUCCCCACCCACCUUCUUGUUUUUUACAUUAGAGAUGAAACAAGUUUUUAAAUGAU